CCUCAACUGACCAACAGAACAACUCUUCUCAUUACAAGAAUCUCUCAUCACCUCUUUAAAGCCUCCUCACAAAGCAACAACACAAGAACUAGAAACCAACAUCAUACCAUCACCCCAUUCCCAUUCAAACCAAAAAAAGGAAAAAGGAAAAAAAGAAAAGAAAAGAAAAGAAGAAGAAAUUCCUGCAGUUCUUCGUUGGGUUGCUGAUCAUCAUCAAGAAUAAGAAAUUCCUGCAGUUCUUCGUUGGGUUGCUGAUCAACAUCGUCUUCCUCCUCUUCACAACGAUACCAUCUGCAAUGGCUGGCAAAGACAUGGCUGGCGACAAUGACGACGGUGACCGCAAGCUUCCAGAAGAGCUGUCGAGUCAGAAGGGUGACAGUAAAGAAGAGCCGUCGAGUCGAAGGCUGUGGACCGAGAGGGAGGACGAGAUUCUUGAAGAUUAUGUCAGAAAGAAUGGAGAGGGAAACUGGAACACGGUGCAGAAGAACACGGGGUUGCGGCGUGACGACAAGAGCUGCAGAUAUCGGUGGACGCACCAUGUUCGCCACAAUCUUAAGAAGGGACCAAUAAUCACUGACGGCAGUAACGACGGCUAUAAAAGCCGUCUGCCGUGGACUCCGAGGGAGGACGAGAUUCUUAAAGAUUAUGUCAAAAAGUAUGGAGAGGGAAAGUGGAAGGCCGUGGAGAAGAACACUGGAUUGCGUCGUUCUGGCAGGAGCUGUGAGAAUCGGUGGAGGGUUCAUCUUCGCCCCGAUCGUAAGAAGGGGCUGUUCACUGACGAGGAGCUCAGGACCAUCAUGCGCUUGCGUGAUACAUUGGGAAACAGUUGGUCUGCCAUCGCCGAACAACUACCUGGUCGGAGCGCUAUAGAAAUACAGAGCUACUGGAACUCAAUAGAAGGAGUAUAUCGAAUCACAGAUAGCGAGAGAUUGCAAUCUUCUACCUCCAAUGUUAACUACAAUAUCGACUUCAAUGCUCUUCGUGAAGAAUUCAUCAACCCUGACCGACAAUUACAACAUCUGAAGAAUCUAAAUCCAAAUCCAACACAGUCGAUAAACUCUACCAACUUCAGUUAUCUUGAGCCGCAGGCACAACAUCAAUAUGGCAUCGACAACAGCAACGCAGUGAUUCCCAUACAAGAAAAUACAAGUCCUUUGCUUGCCGGUGGGUCUGAUGAUUUAGAUCGUGCACCAAUACCUGCACAUGCUUAUUCUUCAUGGCAGCCUGAGUCCCCGGAGCAAAGAAAUAGGACGCCGAAUGAUUAUGUUAAUAGGACCGGGGUUCAGAGUUAUGAUGAUGGACUUCUUUGUGAAAAUGCACGGGAUGUGCAUUUCACAGGUUCAACAGGUUUUCCAUACACUUCUCCUGUGGCGCAAGCACGACCGCAGUAUGACAUGUACAACAGCAAUCAACAGUUGGCGGGGUCCAGUGAGAUAUUCAGCAGUCCCAUACAAGAAGAUAGAAGUUCUUUCAUUAAUCCAUUAUCUGCACGAGAGUAUGAUCCACAGGCACAGGCUUAUUCCUUCACACAGCCUGAGAAUAUGCUGCACAACAGGACAAUGUAUGAUAGUAUUGAUGACCUUCUUCAUGAAAACCCAAGCUCAACAGGUUGUUCAUACACUUCUCCUGUGGCGCAAGCACAACCGCAGUAUGACAUGUACAACAGCAAUCAACAGUUGGCGGGGUCCAGUGAGAUAUUCAGGAGUCCCAUACAAGAAGAUAGAAGUUCUUUCAUUAAUCCAUUAUCUGCACGAGAGUUUGAUCCACGGGCACAGGCUUAUUCCUUCACACAGCCUGAGAAUAUGCUGCACAACAGGACAAUGUAUGAUAGUCUUGAUGACCUUCUUCAUGAAAACCCAAGCUCAACAGUUUCGACAGGUUUUUCAUACACUUCUCCUGUGGCGCAAGCACAACCGCAGAAUGACAUGUACAACAACAAUCAACAGUUGGUGGGGUCCACUGAGAUACUCAGGAGGCCCAUACAAGAGGAUAGUUCUUUCAGAAAUCUGUUGCCUGCACAAGGGUGUGAUGAAAGUGCACGCGCACCUGCACAUGCUUAUUCCUCUUUACAGCAAGAGUUCGUAGAGCAGGGCAAUAGGAUGUCAAAUGAAUAUGCUAAUGAGAGCAGGAUUCCAAGUUAUGAUGAUGGGCUUCUUUGUGGAAAUGCAUUGGAUGUUGAUUAUACAGGUUCACCGGGUCUUACAUACACUUAUCCUCUGACACACGGGCAACAGCAAUAUGGCGUGCACCACAACAAUGAACAAUUACAUGCAUCAGAGUAUGAUGCACAUGCACAUGCAUCAGAGUAUGAUGCACGUGUAUCAGAGAUUGGGCAUCACAGCAUGAUGCUGAAUAACAAUGUUGAUGGGCUUCUUCCUGAAAAUCCACAAGGUGCAGGUUUUACAGACUCAACAGUUGCACAUCCAAUGGAGGCGCAAGUAUCUACAUCUGCGCAGAUUAAUCCAAAUCAAGAACACGAUCAAUCAGCACAAUUUGACCAAAGAGGGCUUCAAAUGGCUGCACCAAGGAACUACUCAGUUACAGAUGCAAACAAGAACAAUCCCAAUUCCCAAAGGAAUUAGGUCUCUCAUUAUGCAGGAACAAAAGAUGAAGAAAGAAUUGAAGCUUUCAAGUUACAUCUACGUACUGGAG